CUUAAGAAUUAAUAUGGAGUGAACAAGAAAAAGGUUAUGAGAUAUGGCAGAGUUUACAGUGAACUUUGCUAAAAAAACCUUGGCUUCCUUGCUUGUCCAAGAAACCAAGCCCUUGAUAAGUGUAAAGAAAGAAGUUGAAAGCAUCAAAAGAGAAUUGGAAUUCAUCAGGCCUUUCCUCAGGGAUGCAGAUACAAGGGCAGCAGUCGAAAAAGAAGAAGAAAGCAAUGGAGGCAUUGUAGGUAUAUGGGUAAAACAAGUAAGGGAACAAGCUUUUCGCAUUGAAGACGUCAUAGAUGAGUACAUACUUAAUAAGGCGAAGCAUGAUGAACAUGGUGGCAAAGGUCUCACUGGUUUCCUUCGAAAAAUGCGUUGCUUCGUGUGUGACCUUAAGGCGCGACAUGGAACUUCAUCUGAGAUUAAAGAUAUCAGAUCAUCACUUGCUGAUAUACGAAGAAGAGCUGAUGACUAUAAAUUCAGAACCAUAGAUCAAGGAGAUGUUGUACCGCACGACUCUCGAGUUGGUUCCUUUUUCAUCCAAGACGCUGAACUUGUGGGCAUCGAAUCUACUAGAGACCAGUUGAUUGGUUUGUUGGUACGUGGAAUAUCCAACCGUUCAGUUGUUGCAGUUGUGGGCGAAGGAGGACUUGGCAAGACCACUCUUGCCGGGAAAAUUUAUGCGAAUGAUACAAUGAAGAAGCAUUUUGAUUGCCAGGCUUGGAUCACAGUUGGGAAAGAAUACUUGAAGAAAGAUUUACUAAGGAAAAUUUUACGAGAACUUUACCGUUCAACAGGGUUCACUCUACCGGAGGCAGAUGGAAUGGAAGAGAAGGAUUUGAUCAUGAUGUUGAGGGAACACUUAACGGACAAGUGUUACAUGAUCGUGUUUGAUGACGUGUGGAAAAUUGAAUUUUGGAGAGAUGUAGAGCAUGCUUUGCUUGAUAACCAAAAAAAUAGUAGAGUAAUGCUAACGACACGGAAUAACGCAGUUGCUGAAUUCAUACCGUUGUCAAUAGUUCAUGUUCACAUGCUUGAACCCUUGUCUUCAGAGCAGGGAUGGGAACUUUUUUGCAGAAAGGCAUUUGGCUCUGACGGUUGUUGUCCUCCAAACUUGACGAAAUUAUCGGAACGUAUUGUUGGAAAAUGUGGAGGUCUACCUCUAGCAAUUGUUGCGAUAGGUGGGCUUCUCUCAAGAAAAAACAAGAUUGCUCCUGAAUGGGAAAAUAUACUAGGUAGCUUGGGCUCAAAAUUAAGCACUAAUUCCCAUCUUAGUGAUUGCAAGAGAGUUUUGUCUGAAGGUUAUUAUGAUCUUCCUCACCAUCUCAAGCCAUGUCUCUUAUACUUUGGUGUGUUUCCAGAAGGGUGCGAAAUUAGAUUUGGGAGGCUAAUUCGCCUUUGGAUAGCUGAAGGCUUUGUCCAAUGCAACAACCAUCUUCCAUCUGAGCAUGUUGCAGAAGAAUACCUGAAAGAACUUAUUGAUAGAAGCUUGGUUCAAGUUUCAAGGAGAAAAGCUUCUGGACGAGCUAGAAGUUGCAGAGUUCAUGAUCUGAUGUACGAGAUCAUUCACAAAAAGAUGAAGGAAUGUGAUUUUUGUCAUUUCUUUGAUGAAAAAGACUUGAGUCACUUUAGUAAAACUCGGCGUAUUUCAAUACACAAAUGUGCUAAUGGUGUUUUAGAGAGCAUAAAAAAUUCAAAGAUCCGUUCCAUUUGUCAUUUCAAUAUUGACAAAUUGUCCGAGUCUUUCAUGACUACAUUUGUUGCUGAUUUCAAGCUCUUAAAGAUACUUGAUUUUGAAAAUGCCCCUUUGGAUUUUCUUCCUGAUGGAGUGGGAAAGCUCUUCCAUUUGCACUACUUAAGUUUGAAAAAUACAAAAGUUAAAGAACUUCCCAAGUCCAUAGGCAUGCUUGUCAACUUAGAGACUCUUGAUUUGAAGUGGACUUUUGUGAUUGAGCUCCCAAUUGAGAUCAAGAAUCUGAAAAAAUUGCAUUGUCUAAUUGUACGACUCUUUGACAACAAAGGUCCUUACGGAGAUAAAGCAAAAAUACACGAAGGUUUUGGGUCUUUAACAGAGUUGCAGCAGCUACGGUAUGUGCAUGGAAACACUGAAGUACUUGAAGAGCUUAAGAAACUGAGGUAGUUAAGAAAGCUGGGCAUUAGCGUCGCAAAUAGAGAUGUGAAGGAUUUGUUUGUAAUUGUCCAGAAUAUGGAAAAGCUUGAAGUUUUGAGUGUAAAAGUGUUGACAAGUGGAGAAGAGCCUCUUGAUAUACAAUCUUUGGCUUCUCCUCCUUUAUGUCUUCAGCGAUUUGAUUGGAGAGGGGUGUUUAUUGAAAUUCUACCAGUUUGGAUUUCUAAACUUCACAAUCUAAUCAGAUUACAAUUGGAUUUGAUUGGAUCUACCAAUGAUUCCAUGACAAUCCUUCAAGCUCUGCCUAAUUUAUUGGUGCUUAUGUUCUUUGUGCGUGACUCUGAUGAACAAUUGCAUUUCAAAGAAGGUUGGUUUCCAAAACUCCAAUGCUUGUAUCUCUAUGACUUCAAAGGAUUGAAAUGCAUGAUGAUAGAGAAUGGUGCAAUGCCUACUCUUAUAGAGCUGUAUAUUGGACCAUGCCCAUUGUUGAAGGAGAUUCCAACUGGAAUUGAGCAUCUCAAUAACCUAAAGUUGCUUUCAUUUCGUAUGAUGUUGAAGGAGGUUUAUUGCAUGAUAAAAAAGGAGAACUGGGAGAAUGUCACUAAACACAUUCCACAAAUACAUGUCAGCUAUACACCGACAAAAAGAGGUAAAUACUAUUUUCUCACUAGUAAAUAUUUGUCAUCUCUUUUGGCAGAAGAUUUUGAGGAGCUAUUGAAGAAAUUAAGCCCGAGUAACGAAUAGCCCCAUUACCGAAUCAACAAGUCAGUCUCCUAAAACAAAUGAAGAAUGUUGCUGAUGAAUCCAUCUUUUCCGGUGAUCACCCAGGAUGACUAUGGCUUGUUCUUGUAAUAAAGGUUCUGUAUUGCUUGUAAUUCAUGUGUGUAGUGUCAUCAAUAAUGGUGUAGCAUUGCUUGUUCUCAGCAUGCAAUAUCUACUGUCAAUGUUUUCUUAUAAUUUCCAUGUUGUUGGACGGGGAGUUUUCUUAAAUUUUCUGUGUAAUAUCUACAUUGAAAUGUGGUUGUUGUUGCUGCGUUGUGGUCAUCGUUGUUUUCUGUCUAUAAAAAAAAUCUCCCCUGUUUUUCCUUGUUUCAA